AUCUCGCGAUUGUUGGACUUUUUUUUUCUUUUUUCCUGGGGGGUGGUGAGGGGAGGGGGGGCAGUUAUUUGGAAGAUGGCGCCCGUUGUUACGGGGAAGUUUGGUGAGCGACCUCAGCGUUUGACGAGGGAGGCUAUGAGGAAUUACUUGAAGGACAAAGACGACCAAACGGUGCUCAUACUGCACGCAAAAGUUGCACAGAAGUCGUACGGCAAUGAGAAGAGGUUUUUCUGCCCUCCACCCUGCGUGUACCUGAUGGGCAGCGGCUGGAAGAAGAAGCUGGAGAGCAUGGAGAAGGACGGCUGUACGGAGCAGGAGGCCCAGCCGUGUGCCUUCAUCGGGAUCGGCAACAGCGAGCAGGAGAUGCAGCAACUCCACCUGGAGGGGAAGCACUUCUGCACGGCCAAGACGCUGUACAUCAGCGACUCGGACAAGAGGAAGCACUUCAUGCUGUCGGUGAAGAUGCUGUACGGUAACAGCGCCAACAUCGGCUUCUUCCUCAGCAAGAGGAUCAAGGUCAUCUCCAAGCCCUCCAAGAAGAAGCAGUCCCUGAAGAAUGCCGACUUGUGCAUAGCGUCGGGCACUAAGGUGGCGCUGUUCAACCGCCUGCGUUCCCAGACGGUCAGCACCAGGUAUCUCCACGUGGAGGGGGGGAACUUUCUCGCCAGCUCCCAACAGUGGGGGGCUUUCUACAUUCACCUGUUGGACGACGAGGAGUCCGAAGGGGAGGAGUUCGCCGUGAGAGACGGAUACAUCCACUACGGCCAGACGGUCAAGUUGGUCUGCUCCGUCACCGGCAUGGCGCUGCCCCGGCUGGUCAUUCGCAAAGUGGACAAGCAGACGGCGUCGAUGGACGCAGAUGACCCCGUGUCCCAGCUCCACAAGUGUGCCUUCUACCUGAAAGACACAGACAGAAUGUACCUCUGUCUCUCGCAGGAGAGGAUCAUCCAGUUCCAGGCCACACAGUGCUCCAAAGAGGCUAACAAGGAGAUGGUCAACGACGGGGCGUCCUGGACCAUCAUCAGCACUGACAAGGCCGAGUACACCUUCUAUGAGGGGAUGGGCCCCGUCCCCACGCCGGUCACACCGGUCCCUGUGGUGGAAAGUCUGCAGCUAAACGGUGGAGGAGACGUGGCGAUGUUGGAGCUGACCGGGCAGAACUUCACCCCGAAGCUGAGGGUGUGGUUCGGAGACGUGGAGGCCGACACCAUGUACAGAUGCGGCGAGAGCGUCCUGUGCGUGGUGCCGGACAUCUCGGCCUUCAGGGAGGGCUGGCGCUGGGUGAGGCAGCCGGUCCAGGUCCCCGUGACGCUAGUGCGCAACGACGGAGUUAUCUACGCCACCGCCCUCACCUUCACCUACACCCCCGAGCCGGGGCCGCGGCCCCACUGCAGCGCUACGGGAGCCAUCCUGCGGACGCGCAGCGCCUCCUCGUCCUCGCCGGCGUCCUCGUCCUCCCCGUCGUCCUCGCUGGGCGGGCUCGGGGACGGCCACGGGGCGUACAGCGGCAGCGACUCGGGCGUGUCGUCGGGGGCCUCGACCAUGUCGCUGCUGUCCUAGUGACUCGAGAGCCAAAGGGGCUCGUGGACCCGAGAGGGACGGAGGCGGAGCCGGACGCUCUCCGUCGGGAUCCGGGGAGGAGAGGAAACUUGGGAGCAGCUGAAGACUCUUUGGCUCCCUCGCCUGGUUUGUUUUGGACUUGUCACCAGGGUGCACUCGGGGGACCGUGAUCGUCGAUGUUCACUAAUCUGCCGUCUAACUGAUGUGAACAAGAGGCAUCUUGUUUUUGUUUGUUAUCUGUGAGAUCAUGUUCUGUCGUGUGCAAGGGAAAUGUUAUAAGAGUAACAUAGUUUUUACGGACCAAGGAAUAUCUUUAUUUUUUAUUUUAUUCAUAUUAUAUUUUAUAAGCUUGUGCCGAGGUACAUAUUGAAUAUUUUUCCUUCUUCUUUUCGGUAUGACACUGCAUAGUGAGUUCACUUUUGUUACCAAAUAGAAUUUGUGUUAGUUUCAAUCUUCUAGGUCAGCGGGUUAAACCGAUGAAACCCACAGAAAAACGUAACGCCCACCUUUUAUAUCAAAGAUUACAUUGUGUGUGUUCUGGGAGACCAAGGCCGAUGUUUUCUAAUCACUGUGCCGUUUUUGUACCUGAGUGCUUAAACUCAAGUCUAAUCGGUGCCUCUUACCACAGCGGUGAAGCUUAGAAGAAGAAAAAACUGACAGCACUAAGUUUGUGUAAAUCGUGGGCGAGAUUUCCUUUUGUGCACAUGGCGCAGCCAUCAUGGAGGGCACUUAAAGGGACGGUUCACCCCAAAUUCAGCAGCACCUAAUGUUCAUCUUCCCUGUAGCGCUAUUAUCGAUGGAGGGACAAAUAAAUGCAUUUUAGUCAUAACUCUCAUGUCGUGAGCAGUAUUGUGAGGGAACUACGGCCCGAAGACAAGCGUCCCCACAUGAAUCUAAUGGGACGGACGAGUUCUGCUGUUUAUUGUGCCUUAUAGUCCCAUUACGAUAGAGGGGGGAAGGCUUUUCACGUCAAAUACGCACUCCGAGUGCAAUAGAACGCAUGUAAAACGGCGGUUGUGCCUUACGGGACGAGGAGGGGAUUCCGUUUGAACUCGGCGUUCCUAAAGUGGCCGGCGAUGAACUGAACGCCGACCGCCGACCUCACCGCGCCUCCUCGGACCGGCUGUUUCUUGGAGAAUUGUUGUGCGUCAUUAAUAGAUAUCCGUGUCUUCACUCUCACAUUCUUCCCCCCCAUCCCAUCCCAUGAUGAAAUCGCAUAUUUCCAUACUGCUGUAUUAAGUAUGUAUAAAGCGAUCCUACUUUGGAAUGUGUUGAAUAAAAACAAGCUGAAGCUAAACAUCA